AAGUUCAGACGUCACGGACUGAACAUCUACCUUCCACCUCAAGAAAUCCAUCUCCACCCAUCUCCAUCCUCUCGUUCGCCGAAUAAUCACAAUGCCACCAAAGGGACGAGGAACUGCCAUCGGCGGUCCCCGCGCAGCCCCAAGAGGAGGCUUCGCGCGCGAAACAUACAACUGGGUCACCAGCGCCGACAACAGGAGCGUGGUCACAUCAUUGGCGUUCUUUGCAGGAGGUGUUGCAUUUUUGAGCAGUAGCUGGGCUGAGAUUCUGCUUCCUCCGAUCUAAACGUAUCUACGACGACGCAGCAUGCGAGAUGUAAAACUACCGACUUGGGGAUGGUGUACGAUAGGGGUGGAGCAUGAGCACGCAUGGUGAAAGAGCUGAGUAGCGCGCAGGAGCUUCCGAGAGCAGAUUUCUUGCCCAUGGCAUGGUCACAGGGGCCAGACACGGGUUUGCGCCGUACGCAACGUGCUAUACUGCAGAGCAAAACAUGGUCAAUGCGAUGCGAAGAGCGAGGAAACAAUGUCGAGACGCUAGAUUCGAGCAAUCAACUCUUGGCCUCCUUCAUCGCCUCGAUACCAGCAGCCAA